CCAGUCGCCAUGUCGGUGCCAAAGAAGAAGCGAAGGAUGAAGGAGCUGAACAAGAAGGAGGCAGUAGGCGAUUUGCUGGAUGCCUUUAAAGAGUCUCAGAUCAGCGACAGUGCCUCGGAGACGGAGAACAAGCCCCCCACGUCCGCCUCUGCCCGUGAAGCAGAGGAUGCAGUCCCUGCUCGUCCGCAGGAAGAGUCGGAGGAGACGUGGGAGGAGAAGGAGGACAAGCUGGCCCCGGAGAAGGGCAAGGCUGCCGACCAGAAGUACCGCUACAAGGAAGAGCAAUGGAAGCCACUCAACCCUGAGGAGAAGAAGCGAUAUGACCGGGAGUUCCUGCUGGGCUUCCAGUUCAUCUUCGCCAGCAUGCAGAAGCCCGAGGGGCUACCCCAGAUCACGGACGUGGUGCUGGACAAGCCGUGUGUACCUUCGCAGGCCAACAAGACCCCACUGCGGGCGCUCGACCCCAUCCGCCUCAGUGGCAUGAACUGCAGCCCUGACUUUACCCCCUCCUUUGCCAACCUCGGCCGGCCCGUCAUGGGCAACCGGGGCCUGCCCUCAGGGUUGGGUCCCCGCCGCUCCCAGCAGAGCCAGAGAAAGGAGCCCCGCAAAAUCAUUGCCACUGUGUCCCUCAAUGAGGAUGUCAAGCUGAACAAGGCUGAGAAGGCCUGGAAACCCACCAGCAAGCGUGCCUCCGAGGAGGAGGAUCCCGAGAACAUCAAGACGCAGGAACUGCUCCGCCGCGUCCGCAGCAUCCUCAACAAGCUGACACCCCAGAUGUUCCAGCAGCUGAUGAAGCAGGUGAUGGAGUUGUCCAUCGACACGGAGGAGCGGCUCAAGGGUGUCAUCGACCUCGUCUUCGAGAAGGCUAUCUCGGAGCCAAACUUCUCUGUUGCCUAUGCUAACAUGUGCCGUUGCCUUAUGGGGCUCAAAGUGCCCACAACAGACAAGCCCACGGUGACUGUGAACUUCCGCAAGCUGCUGCUCAACCGCUGCCAGAAGGAGUUUGAGAAGGACAAGGACGACGAUGAGAUCUUUGAGAAGCGGCAGAAGGAGAUGGACGAUGCCAGUGCUCCCGAGGAGAAGGCGCGCAUGAAGGACGAGCUGGAGGAGGCACGGGACAAGGCCCGCCGGCGAUCCCUGGGCAACAUCAAGUUUAUUGGAGAGCUCUUCAAACUAAAGAUGUUGACAGAGGCCAUCAUGCACGACUGCGUGGUGAAGCUGCUCAAAAACCACGAUGAGGAGUCUCUUGAGUGCCUUUGCCGCCUGCUUACCACCAUUGGCAAGGACUUGGACUUUGAGAAGGCCAAGCCCAGGAUGGACCAGUACUUCAAUCAGAUGGAGAAGAUCAUCAAAGAGAAGAAGACAUCAUCCCGAAUCCGUUUCAUGCUGCAGGAUGUGAUUGACCUCAGACAGAAUAGCUGGGUGCCGCGGCGAGGAGACCAGGGCCCCAAAACCAUUGACCAGAUCCACAAGGAAGCGGAGCUGGAGGAGCAUCGGGAACACAUCAAAGUGCAGCAGCUCAUGUCAAAGGACAAGAGGAGAGGACCCCCCGGGCCGUCCUCCAGCAGUGACAGCCUGGUCGCAGAUGAUGGCUGGAACACGGUGCCCAUCAGCAAGGGCAACCGGCCCAUCGACACCAGCCGGCUAACGAAGAUCACCAAGGUGAGGCUGGGGGGGCGGGCAUCUGAUUCAGGGCGACCAGCCACGAGCACCUUGAACCGCUUCUCAGCGCUCCAGCAGUCGACGCCUGCCGAGAGCCUGGAGUCCCGUCGCGUGGUGCAGAGGAGCAGCUCCAGCCGCGACAGGUCGGAGAAGGCUGGGGACAGAGGGGACAGGGAGUCACGUUCGGAGAAAGGCAGCGACCGCGCGGAGCUUAAGCAAGAACCAGCACCUCCCACAGCAUCCCCCAAGCCCGCGCUGUCGGACGAGGAGCUGGAGAAGAAAUCCAAGGCGAUCAUAGAGGAAUACCUGCACAUCAAUGACAUGAAGGAGGCCCUGCAGUGCGUGCAGGAGCUGGGCAGCCCCUCCUCGCUCUACAUCUUCGUGCAGAACGGCAUCGAGUCCACGCUGGAGAGGAGCACCAUCUCCCGCGAGCACAUGGGGGUCCUGCUGUGCCAGCUGGUGAAGGCGGGCACGCUCGCCAAGGAGCAGUACUACAAAGGGUUGCGGGAGAUCCUGGAGGUCGCGGAAGACAUGGAGAUCGACAUCCCGCACAUCUGGCUGUACCUGGCCGAGCUCAUCACGCCCAUCCUGCAGGAAGAAGGCAUCCCCAUGGAGGAGCUGUUCAGGGAGAUAACGAAGCCCCUGGUGCCCAUUGGGAAGGCCACCACGCUGCUGGUCGAGGUGCUGGGCUUGUUGUGCAAGUGCAUGGGCCAGAAGACCGCCGGCAAGCUGUGGCGGGACGGGGGCCUGAGCUGGAAGGAAUUCCUGCCCGAGGACCAGGAUGUCAACAAAUUUGUCACCGAGCAGAAACUGGAGUACACGGUGGGGGAUAGCUCGGACACGCCGAGCCGCAAGGAGCUGACCUCGGAGGAGCUGUGCAAGCAGAUAGACAAACUGCUGAAGGAGAACCCGAACAACCAAAGAAUACACGACUGGAUCGAGGCCAACCUGAGUGAGCAGCAGGUCUCGUCCAACACGUUUAUCAGGGCCCUGAUGACAUCCGUGUGCCACUCAGCCGUUGUCUGUGAGUACCAGGUCGAGAACCCCUACCGCGUGGAUGCCCUGGUCAUCCGCAACCAAGCCAAGCUGCUGCAGAAGUACCUGCGGGACGAGCAGAAGGAGCUCCAGGCGCUCUACGCCCUGCAAGCCUUAGUGGUGAAGCUGGAACAGCCUCCCAACCUGCUGCGAAUGUUCUUUGAUGCUCUGUACGAUGAGGACGUCAUCAAGGAGGAGGCUUUCUACAAGUGGGAGUCCAGCAAGGACCCGGCUGAGCAGCAGGGCAAAGGGGUGGCUCUCAAAUCCGUGACAGCCUUUUUCACCUGGCUCCGGGAAGCUGAGGACGAGUCGGACAACAACUGA